UCAUUUCGAAUCUCCACCGAUGGAGCCAAAAUAAACACACAACGCCUAUAUCAAGAAUCUUUGAUAAAUAAGACGAUAGACCGAAUCCAACCUGAACAAACUUUUUCAAGAUAGAAAAAGAAAAUGUCGUUUACUGGAACGUUGGAUAAAUGCAAGGCGUGUGACAAAACCGUCUACGUCAUGGAUUUGUUGACGCUAGAGGGUAACACUUAUCACAAAUCAUGUUUCCGAUGCAGUCACUGCAAUGGCACUCUCCAGAUGAGUACUUACUCGUCCAUGGAUGGAGUUCUUUACUGCAAGACUCACUUCGAACAGCUUUUCAAAGAGUCUGGCAAUUUCAGCAAGAACUUUCAGACUGGAAAGACAGAGAAGUCGAAUGAACAAAUGAAUCGAGCUCCAAGCAAGUUAUCUUCAUUCUUCAGUGGAACACAAGACAAGUGUGCGAGUUGUCACAAAACCGUUUACCCACUUGAGAAAGUAAACAUGGAAGGUGAAUGUUACCACAAGACUUGCUUCAAGUGCGCACACAGUGGUUGCCCUUUGACUCACUCUUCUUACGCUUCUCUCAACGGUGUCCUCUACUGUAAAGUCCAUUUCAACCAGCUCUUUCUCGAGAAAGGAAGUUACAACCACGUCCAUCAAGCCGCUGCUAACCACCGCCGAACCGCCUCUUCUGGUGCCUCUACUCCGCCUUCUGAAGAUCAGAAACCUGAAGAAAACACUGCAAUUCCGGAAGGAGAUGCAGGAGAAGAAGCAGCAGUCCCUGAAGCUGCUGCAGGAGAAGAGCCUGAGCCUGUGGUUGAGUCUUGAAUGUUGUGGAGGAAGAAUCUAAUCAGUUGUCAAAUUUGAAGUUUAUAUACACACUUAUUUUUAUAAUGAAUAUUUGUACACAAUUUGUUGCUAUUUCUUUUUGUAAAUCUUUUGUAAAUUUAAAAGCUUUUUUG